AUGGUGAUAGUCAGGACUGUGGUAGCUCUUGCUGCAGCUAAGCAAUGGACUAUCUAUCAAAUAAAUGUCCACAAUGCCUUUCUUAAUGGGGAUUUACUAAAGGAGGUGUAUAUGCAUGUUCCUGAGGGGUGUAACAGCCAGGGGGGGGGGGUCCUUGAAGGCAAUAACCAAUCUCUACUAAAUCAAACCAGAAAAGAUCUACAAAGUCAGUUCAAAAUGAAGGUUCUAGGGCUAGGGGGAGCAAGACCAGUAGGAACACCAAUUGGGGUGAAUCAGAAGCUAACUUCUGAAGAAUAUGAUAGGUGUAUAAGAGGUGAUGAGGAGCAUGAAGAUAAACUACUCAAAGAUCCAGGAGGGAGGUUUGUAACAUGCUAUUUGGUAAAGUUUGGGGAUGCACUAAUAUCUUGGAAGUUAAAGAAACAAGAGACAGUGUCUAGAAGCUCAGCUGAAGCUGAGUUCAGAAGUAUGGCUUCAUGUACAGCUGAAAUAACUUGGCUUAUUGGAUUAUUCAAAGAGCUUGGAGUGGAUGUGGAAUUACAUGUGAAGCUUAAGUGUGACAGCAAGGCUGCAAUCCAAAUAGCAGCCAAUCCAAUUUUCCAUGAAAGAACCAAGCAUAUAGACAUUGACUAUCAUUUCGUAAGAGAAAGGAUUACACAAGAAAUACUGAGAACUGAGCAUGUUACAACCAAAGAACAACUGGCUGAUCUAAUCACAAAAAGUCUAGGAAAAACAUGA